UUUCAGACCUGCCUACCUCUGCCUUCCCAGGCCCUGAGGACAAAAGGGCAGGAGCUGGGGAACCCUGGCGUUCUGCCCACUGCCCCAAGGUCCAGUAAGGGAAAUGGAACUGGGGACUGCCUGGCUCUUGCAGUUGCUGCUUCUGCUGCCGUCCACGACAAAAGGUGAAAAAGAUCUUUGGAUAAGUUCAGGCUGUGGUCAGCCAAUCCUGAAGAAUCAGGUGAAUGAUCGCAUCGUUGGAGGCAGAAAUGCCCGUGAAGGGGCUUGGCCAUGGCAGGCCAGUCUAAGGCAUAACAAGGCCCACAUCUGCGGAGCCACUCUGAUUUCCCAUAGCUGGGUUCUGACAGCUGCCCAUUGCUUUUCCUUGCCUGUCAAGGUGUCCCAGUUCCAGGUAGUCCUCGGGGAACUCCAGCUCUUUUCCACCCCAGGCCAGUCCAUCUCAAGCCCACUGAGCGAGGUGAUCCUGCACCCAGACUACUCGGGUAUAGAUGGCUCGUUGGGGGAUAUCGCCCUCUUGAAGCUGGCCCGGCCUCUCUACUUCUCCCCCUGGAUUCUGCCUGCCUGUCUCCCUGAGGCCGACAACCCUUUUCACACUAAUCUGACCUGCUUUGUGACAGGAUGGGGGAACGUGAAGGAGGGAGUCCAGCUGUCCUCACCAUACACUCUGCAGGAAGCAAAGCUGCCACUGAUUGAUGCCAAGGAGUGUGACAAGAUCCUGAAUUGGCACGAGGUCACCGAUAAAAUGAUCUGUGCUGGCUACAUCAAAGGGGGUGUAGAUGCCUGUCAGGGUGAUUCUGGGGGUCCCUUGGUAUGUCCCUAUCUGGGUUCCUGGUUCCUGGUGGGAAUUGUAAGCUGGGGCAUUGGCUGUGCCCAACCCCAAAAACCAGGUGUCUACACUCUAGUCUCUGCCUAUGGGAACUGGAUCCAAAGUCACGUAUCAGAAGUGCAGCUGGGCUCCUAUAACAUCACAGUCCGAAAUACUGCUGACAGACAGACUCAUGGUCCUCAUCUCAUCAGCCUCCUCCUAGUCGUGUGGAGCUUUGUCAAUCACUACUGAAUUCCUUCUCUACAGUGGCAAUGGCUGGGCAUCCCUUCUAUUUAACUCUGUUGGACCUCCACACCAUCCCCAAGCCCCACCACUCACUUGUAUGUAAAUCUUUUCUUUUCCAAAUCCAUCUCUAAUACCUUCCAUUUCUAAAGGGCCUUUCCUCUAUCAGCCAGCUGAUGCUCCCAACCCAGGGACAGUGUAACCCCUCACAUAGAGACAGCACUUCAGUAUCUAACUCCUCCACCUCGCUCUCAUAAAGAUGCCAGGAAAAAGUUUAACAGUAAGCCUACUGGGCCCCAGCCAGGAACAAGUCCCAGCAGUUGCCUCUCCCCCAAAAGGGUGUUGCAGAAGAGGAGGCGAGCAGCUGUCAAAAGAGUGCAAAGCAAGGAGAGGGGAAGCAGCUAAGUAAGAGGAGGCAGGAAUGCAGCAAGCAAGCCCCUGACCGUCAGCCCCAAAGCCCCAGUGUGAACCCUCCCUUUCCUGGGCUUUAUUUUUUCCUCUGUAAAAUGGGGGCUCAAUAAAUUCAAAGGCACGCCUAAAUCCGAAAUCUUGAGUCUACAAGGGGUUAAACUAGGGCCUCCUUCAGAACACUGAAUAAGAGUAAACAGUGAAUGCCUCCAGUAUCAGUGUCGGUUUUCAUGAGCAAGGGGAGAGGACUGCUGCCUACUUCCUGGCUAGAUGAGCAAGGCUUCCCGGAAUAGGCAGCCUGGGCUGGCUGGGGAGGGGGGAUGGGGGGGAGUGGAAGGGGAGGAGGAGGGAAAGUUCAGAGAAAGGAGCCACUGGAAGAAUGACAGCCCCAGAACCGAUUCGGAAGAAUUGCGUGCCUCUUGAGGGAUACUGAGAAAAAGAAGUCCGAUCCAACGCCCAAGGCGGGGGGAGGGGCCCAGAGACAGGGACAAAACCAAGAGGCAGAAACGAGAAAGCGAUGGGAGGAAAGGAGAAGAGACACUGAAAGAGACGGAGGGAAGAGGGGAGGUCACAUUCUCGAGGUCGUGUUAUUCAUUCCCCAGUCUCAGAUUUCUAGUUAUAUCAUAUCCCACGCCUACAAAUAGGAAGCACUUCUGUCUGACUUCAAUCCCUUCGGUUUAAAAUAAAUAAUUUCUCUUUCCGUCAA